GAGAUCAACAAAGCAUUUGAUUUGAAUGUCCUCACAGAACCGGAAUAUAAGUCUUCAUUGAAAUAGGGUUUAUUAUUAGAGCACUAUAGUUUCAAUUAAAGUAUUUGUGGACUUCAGUGACAGAAACUUCUGGGUAUCACAGGCGGGCGUCAUCGCUUCUGUGUUGUGACGGUGCAAACCGGUGGAGCGUCCAAUGAUUCAACAGCUGAUCGGGGUUAAUUUUACCCUACCAACCUAUAUAUAUAACGACAGCCCGGGUGAAACAUCUGCACAAGAGACCGGCUAGUUUUUAAGGAGUCUUUCGGGUUUUAAGAGGCAACAAUGGCAGUUCCUAUAGCUGCAUUACAACUGAGCACACCAUCCAGCCCCAGUCUGCUGGAGCACAACAUUCACAACAACAACAAAGAUUUAGGAAGGAUUUCAAUGGACAAUGACAACGACACUCUGCCUUUACAUUCUUCUUGGACCUUCUGGCUUGAUAGAUCUCUCCCAGGAACUACAGCAGCUGAAUGUGAGUCAAACUUGAAGAAAAUCUACACCGUAGAGACCGUCCAGAACUUUUGGAGAGUUUACAACAACAUACCCAGCGUCUCCAGCUUGCUAAUGAGAUGUAGCUAUCAUCUGAUGAGAGGAGAAAGAAAACCACUCUGGGAAGAAGAAAGCAAUGCUAAAGGUGGUGUCUGGAAGAUGAAAGUACCCAAGGAAUGCACUCCUGUUGUGUGGAAGGAGUUGCUUUUGGCUAUUAUUGGAGAGCAGUUCAGUGAUUAUUGUCCCUCAGAUGAUGAAGUUGUGGGUGUCAGCGUCAGCGUAAGAGACAGAGAAGAUGUGUUUCAGGUCUGGAACGGAAACGCUUCUUGUGCUAACGAUUCAAACAUCUUAAGCAGGAUCAAUGAGCUCCUUCCCAAUAUCCCUUUUAAAGCUGUGUUUUACAAACCACACGAGGAGCACCACGCUUUUGAAGGAGGGCGAAGACGUUAGGGUAUUUUGCACAUCACAGCCCAUGAGACGUACACUUAUUUUGGAUGUUUUGGAUCAUAUUUGCUCACAUAUUGAAGCAAUAGAGUUUAUAGUUGCUUCAUCUGGAUCAUCUUGAUUACCUCAAAAUGGAGCCCAUGGUUUAUGAUUCUCAAUCACUACUGUCUUAGAAUUAUCCAAAAUAGUUUCACUUUAGUCAAAAGAAAAAAAAAAUGUUACCUUGACUUUUAUCUGUCGCAGUGUUUGUGUGUUUUUAUACUUUAACAUUUUGCAAAUCUUUAAUCAAAACAGCAGAUCGUGUACAUGUCGGACAUUUUUAGAUGUAUUUUGGCAUAUUUAGUUUUGUUUCAUGAGCACAAAGCUAGGUCUCUUUGGAUCUAAAAGAAGGCAAAGCAAACCUUUUACAAUAAAUGUAAGGCUUUUCUAGUGAGUUUAUCAGUGCUUUAUACGUUACAGCCAAAAAACGUUUGCCGAUCAUAAAUAUUUUGUAUUCUCUAAUACUGAUAUUUGAGCAGAAAAUUGCACAUUCUUUAUUGACUUUUUUAGGAUACGAGCGGAUUGUUUAAAGGAAUAUGUUCCUGAUAAAAUAAAAUGACCUCAUUACACAAAUCAUGA